AUGUUCAAACUGUUUAUUCUCCUGUCAAUUGGCGUCGCCUUCGCUUAUGCGGCCCCUGGACUAUUGCAUUCAUCGCCCAUCCUGAGCAGCGGCUCCUAUCACAACAACCAUCUAUUCCACCAUAACUUGCAGCCGGCGGUGCAUGUGGUGCGUCCCGUUUUGACAUCUCACAGCGUCGUCCGACCAAUCAUAAGCAGCCAUGGUCAUUAUGGUCAUGGUUAUGGUCAUGGCUAUGGUCAUGGCUAUGGUCAUGGUCACGGCCAGUUGUGGCUCUAA